AUGGGGGCCAAGGAUGGCGCUGGUCGGAAGCGACCUUUGCAGCAAGUAUCAAGAGAGGAGGCCAAAAAGAAGGGCGAAAUGCAGCCAAAGGAAGCACACACAAGUGCGACUUUGGCAGGUGCCAGCAUCGCUCCAGACCUGCUUGCGGCAGCUGAUGCUGCAGCUCACCCGCAAGUAGACACAAAGCCUUCAAAGAAAGCACCCGCCAAAAAUACCCCGCUCAAUGAGAAGGCCGCUGCUCCCAUAGAGGAGUUGCCAGAAGAGAAAGGACUAGCGCCAGCGCCGAUCAAUGCCGGUGGGGCAUACAUUGGGUCUGCACGCCCUGGCUCCGCAUCCAUGACCCUGAAGCCCACUGGAAUGCAGGUUUACUGGAACCUUGCAUCAGUGGACAGCUCGGUGCGCGAGCAGGCUGCCGCCACUCUGGUGUCAGAGCUGGUCAAAGAUCAGCAGGCCUCUGAGAAUAGGGACGGCGCAGCGGAUGGUGGUAAAGCUUCAGUUCGUGGCUGCGCUCCCGGGGUGCAAUAUGCCUUGCGCAGAUUGGUCAGAGGGCUGGGUUCUGGGAACAAGGGUGCGAGGCAAGGCUUUGCAUUGGCUUUGUCGCAAGUGCUGAAUGUUGUCCCGUCCCUCUCUGGCGACUCCCUGCUAGAGCUGAUCAACAAGGAGCUGGACUUGUCGGCGUCUGCAAAGGGGCAGGAUGCGAGAGACGUGUACCUGGGCCGCAUCUUUGCGUACGGCGCCAUUGUGCGGUCGCCUUACCUGGUAAGUGCAGCUCAGACGGAGGAGCAGGUCCACCUGGCGGGGGCGCUAGUGCAGGCCACCCUGGAGCUGGGCGAGAAGAAGAGCUUCCUCCGGGAGUGCGCAGCGCAGGUUGCCCUAGAGCUGCUGCACAAAUUGCCGGCAUCAGCAGUGGGGCAGCUUCUGAGUGCGGACCAGUCUGCGCUCUCGCUGUGGCUGAGCAGCUCAGAGGGGUCGUCGCCUGAGUCGCUGCUGCUGGCCCUACGCCUGUGGCAGUGGGGCAAGCUGAGCGACGAGGCUCGUGCACAGAUAGCGCUCCUGCCGUCCAGUGGUCUGGUGCAGGACUUGUUCAGUGUGCCCCACCUGGAGAAGCUCCUGGAACAGCUCAAGGGCGCUUCUCACAGCCACCCCCGCCUCCAUUCCGUCUGGUUUGCCCUGUCAGAGCUGCUGCUUUCAAGGUUCGACAGUGGCAGUGAGGCGGCUGGGAAGAAGAACAAGAAGACGAAGAAGGACUCCGGGGAGAAGGGAAACGGACCGGCUGGCGCGUGCGGCCCUACUGAGCUGGCGUCCCUUUGGGCGGUGGUGGUGGAGGGCGGUCUGCUGCAGUCCAAGUCGCACGAGCGCAAGGUGCUGGCCAUGGAGCUGCUGCGCGCCCUGCUGCUGCCGCACCUCACCGCGGCGCACGCCCCCGCGGUGCUGUCGGUGCGCUUCCUGCGCUGCAUCCUGGACAGCCUGCGCGACGCCAACAGCCUGCUGCACAGCGAAGCGCGCCACCUGCUGCAGAACCUCCUUGGCUGGGUUGCGUCCGGUGAGGACUCCAGCAUGCGGCGGGUGGCCCUCCUGACGGCUCUGCAAACGCAGAGUGGGGGAGCCUUCGACAAGGUGACCAAGACUGAUACCGUGAAGAAGCUCAAGGAGGGCAUGGACGACGCCGGCUGGCAGCAGUACCUCUCCUCUCUAAAGGCCGACUUUCUGAGGGGCGAGAAAGAUGCUGCGGGGGAAGAAGCAGAUGCAGACGACGCCCCCAGCACGAGCGGACCCUCGGGCGAUGCAAAGAGGCUGUGGGCACUGGACCAGAUGGUUGCGGUGUGCCGCCAGACGCAAGGGGGCUCUAGAGACAGACUGCGGGUCGUGAUGGAUACGGCGAGGUUUCUAGCGGCAGCGGGCCUGUUCGAGAUCGAAGCAGAUGGCGGUCUUGACGAGCUCCAGGGACUGGUCAACAAGGGGCUGCUGUCGCGGAGCGUGAGGGAUGCGGCCGCGAGUCGGAUGCUGUCCCUUCUGGGAGAGGCAACGUCCAACGUGGGCAAAGGGAAGCGGGCGCCCGUCGGGGCAGACGGGGAGAGCGAGGAGAAAGCUAAGAGGGAUCCCCUUGUAGAGUUAGCAGAGUUUGUGGAACGGGUCGAGAGCUCCUCAGGAGCGGAAUAUGUGCGGGAGCUCUUGGAUGAGGACAGGGAGGCGCUGGUGCAGCUGCGGGGCCUGACAAAGAAGAUUGAAAAGAAGCUUGCCUCUGCCGAAGGGCCCGUGGUCGAGCGGCUGUCCUCCCUGCGAGCGCUCGUGAUCCAUCUGCAGUUGGCGACCCUCCUCGAGCCUGGCUCGGCAGGGGAGAUCGCGACUGAGCUGGAAGGCAUCUACAAGGGCGCGUUCGUGAAGUCGAAGAAGGCGGAGGCCGGCCCGCCGUACAUGGACGUGCUAGUGGACGUGCUGCUCUCCCUCCUGGCGCGGCCCUCAGCAGCGGUGCGCGACGCAGUCGACCAGGUCUUCAAGGCGUUCAGUAGCGACUUGACGCCGACGGGCCUGGCGGAUCUGCUGCGCGUGCUGCGGCGCCAGCCUGGGUCGAAGCGCUGGAAGAAGGCAGCGGACGCCAAGAGCGAGGGGGCGGACGCGGACGAGGACUCGGACGCCGACGAGGAUGUGCUGUCCGAGGAGGACGACGAAGAGGAAGAGGAGGAAGGAGGGGACGAGGGGGCUGCGGAGGAAGGGGCCGAGUCAGACGAGGGAGGAGAGGAGGCGGGGCCCUUACAGAUCAGCGAUGACGAAGUUGAGGCGGACAGCGAUGGAGAAGGAGGUUCCGGCGGGGGUGGGGGCGACGAGUCCGAGGAGUUUUCGGACAUGGACGACGACACCAUGUUCCGGGUGGACAGGGCGCUCGCGGCGGUGCUGCGCGAGACAAAGAAGGAGAAGCAGCGCAGCGGCAAGGCGGGGGAGCGCAGCCGCGCGGAGGCGGCGCGCCACUUCCAGUACCGCGUGCUGGCGCUGCUGGACGCGUUCCUGAAGCGGCACAGCGAGCGCGGCCUCGUGCUGGCCGCCGUGCUGCCCCUCGUCAGCGCGCUGCAGCGGGCCAUCAAGGCCGGGGCGGACGGCGCCCCCCUUGCGGACAAGAUCCAGGCGCUUCUGAGGAGCCGCUUCUUUGAGGGUGGCCCCAAGUACCCGCGAGGCGCAGAGGUGGACACGACGGCUGUGCGCGAGCUGCUGGCCAAGGCCUUCAAGCACGCCGCGUCAUCACACAACGGAAAGGUGGCGGCAGCGGCAGGCGGGGCCGGCCUCUACUUCAUCAAGGUCCUCAACGGCACGACGCCCGGCUUGGACCGAACGGGCGACGCUGACGUGGCGGCGGCUUUCCGUGCGACGUUCCAGGCGUUCUUUGCUCGACGCAGCCGGCUGUCGCGGGCCUUCUUCGGCGAGGCGUUCAGCCGGCACCCGUGGCUGGCGCGCGCCAUGGCGGGCGACCUGCUGGACCAGUGCGAGGCCGCGCGCUCCGAGUUCCUGCGCACCGAGGCAAUGCAGCUGCUCGCCGCCGUGCUCAAGAACAAGGCCUCCCAGCCGAAGUCCGGAAGGAGCGUGUCGGACACUCCCCCCGUCUCUUCGUCGGUGUGUCCGCCCACUUUCCCGGAGGCGCUGGAGCCCCGGCGUGCGCAGCUGGACCACCUGCUGGCGGCCAUCCCGCGGGCCUCGUUCACCAAGGUAGCCAGAAAGGCGGAGGCGCUCAAGUUCGUGUGCGCUGCGCUGGGGGCCCUCCCCCGGCUGUACCCCGACUCGGAGCUGCAGCAGCUGGUGACGCCGGGGGCCAUCAUCGGGGCAGCGCAGAAGGCCAAGGAGGCGGACCCCGAUGCCAAGAAGCUGACGUCACUGCUGGACAACGUCAUCGCUCUGGCGGGGGCGGGGAAGAAGAAGGGCGGCAAGGCGGGGGGGAAGAAGAAGGAAGGCAAGGCGGGGCAGGGCAAGGAAGGUGCAGGGAAGGGGGGGAAUGUGCAAGAGGAGGUGGAGGUUGAGAAGGGUGGCGCUCGGAGGAAGGAGGUCGUGGUCAAUGGGUCUGGAGGGCCGCAGCGAGGCACCAAGCGGGGCCUGGCUGACGGUGAAGAAAAGAAGGGGGUGGCGGACCGAAUGGAGCAGCUGCGAGCAGCGAAGGCUGCAAAGGUGGGGACCGCAAGUGACGGUCAGAAGAAGGGUGAUGCAUUGGCAGGAAGAGGGAGUGCAGUUCCUAGAAAAAAGGUCAGUGGCGAUGUGAGAAGGCGACUCAAGGCGGUGGCCAAGAAAGGAGCGAGUGCUCCUGGCAGGAAAGAGAAAGUCGAACAAUGAAUAUCAAAGAACUCUCAAGCAGCUCCGGCCUUCCGCCAGCAGAUGCUGUCGCAACGGCUCGUGUACAUGGACACGGCUUGGGCUUCAUCGCUUUCUAAAUGUGUGUGGCGGAAUGUGUAAACCGAUUGACCAAGGAAAGCUCACUUUUGACGAGGUUUCACGACAUAAUCGUUUCUAUUGUAUUGGGCAAUUGCCGG